AUGUCCCAGCCUACCCUUGCCGUUGUCGCAGCCGGAGCGAUGGGUGCUGCAGUAGCACGCCGCUUCACCACUGCUGGCUGCACCGUACUCACCAUCCUAGACGGCCGCUCUGCGGCCACAAGGGCACGGGCAGCAGCCGCGGGCAUGCAAGACGUAUCCAUGCGCGAACUCGUUACGCGAUCGCAGUGGGUUCUCAGCAUUCUCCCUCCGAGCGAUGCGCUCGCGUUCGCCACUAGCUACCGCGACGCACGCGUUGCCUCCGUCAGAAAAGGAAGCACAUCACCCUCCCGAGUCGCAUUCGCUGAUUGCAACGCAGUCAGUCCGGAGACGGUCAAGCAGAUCGCAAAGCUGUUCACGGAUAGUCCGAUCGGCUUCGUUGACGCAGGGAUUAUCGGUGGCCCACCGAGGGAUGGGUACGAUCCAGUAUUCUACGCAUCUGCUGAGCCAGAAGCUUCCGAUCUGUUGGAUGAGUUUGUGGGCCUGAGCAAGUGGGGGAUAAAAGUGUCGCCACUGAGAGGCGAGGGGGCCGGAGUAGGUGAUGCCAGCGCGCUGAAGAUGUCUUAUGCAGGGAUAUCGAAGGGGAUUACAGGGUUGUGUGCAACCAUGAUACUCGCGGCUCAUUCCUCUUCGCCUGCAACUGCACAGGCGCUUCUGCACGAAUUGCAUACAUCACAGCCCUUGAUUUUGCAGCGUCUCGCGCGUGGCAUACCGGACAUGCUGCCGAAGGCUUACCGCUGGGUUGGCGAAAUGGAAGAGAUAUCCGCAUUUGUGGGAGAUGGUGAGGGUCAAAUCCACCAGGGUCUCGCGCGGCUGUAUGAGCGAAUAGAACGUUCUCUCAAGGAAAGAGAAAACGGAGCCGGCGGCGAAGAUGUGGAUGUACUGAAAAGUUUUGUCGACGAUGCGAAGAAGGUUAUUGAGGGGUCCAAGUGA